UUUAGCUCCAAACCUUCGUACAUUUUGUGUCUGUGUUUGCUCAUUUUUCUGCCUUGUGUAGUUGAAAUAAUUAUAAGUCAUAUCAGCAAUGGAUAUGGACUUGAAACCAAGGUCUGCUGAGAAGAUCUUUGAGGGAGAAGGUGGAGAAUACUAUAGCUGGUCGAGCAAGGAGUUCCCUUUGCUGUCGGAGAGCAAGGUUGGCGGCGGUCAUCUUGUUUUGCGGCCUCGCGGAUUCGCUCUUCCUCACUAUGCAGAUUGUGCCAAAAUUGGUUAUGUUCUUCAAGGCAACGGUGGAGUCGUGGGAAUGGUAUUUCCCAACGAAAAAAAGGAAGUGGUAGUUAAGCUGAGGAAAGGAGACAUCAUUCCUGUACCCCUAGGGGGACUCUCAUGGUGGUUCAACGACGGACAUUCCGAGCUCAUUAUCUUGUUCUUGGGCAAGACAAACGACGCUCACAUCCCUGGCGAAUUCACCUACUUCCUUCAGACCGGUGGCCGAGGAAUACUAGCCGGUUUCUCAAACGACUUCAUCAGCAGGGCUUAUGACCUAACCAAAGACGAAGCACACACGCUUGCCAAUAGCCAAGACGGGGUUAUGAUCAUCACACUUCCGAAAGAAAAAACACUUCCGACACCCCAGAAAACUGAUCAAGAUUCUGAGAAAUUGGUGUACAACAUAGAUGCCGCUUGUCCUGAUCACAAAGUCAAGAACAUUGGGUCUUGGACUACAGUGACUGAGACCAAAUUCCCUUUCAUAGGGAAAGUUGGGUUGAGCACCAACCACAUUGAGCUUAAAGCGGAUUCGAUGAGCUCGCCGAUUUACACCACUGAUUCAACCACUCAGAUGAUUUAUGUUGUGAAAGGAGAUGGCAAGAUCCAAAUUGUGGGAAUUAAUGGUGAAAGGGUUUUGGACACUGAAGUGAAAGUUGGUCAUUUGGUACUUGUUCCAAGGUUCUUUGUGGUUGCUUUGUUGGCUGGGGGAGAAGGGAUAGAGUGCCUCUCUGUCGUAACAAGUUCUGAGCCUGUUUUCGAAGACAUAGCUAGCAACGAAUCGACAAUGGCGGCUCUGUCGCCUGCGGUGUUACAAGCGUCGCUCAAUGUCACUGCAGACUUCACCAAACUUUUUACCUCAAAGAUUCAUAAGAGCUCCUACAUCCUCCGUUAAAGGAGUAGUCUUAAAAUAUAAACAAUGAUAAAUAAUAGGGAGAAUGUAAUAAAUAACAUAUUUAUGAAUAUAA